AGUAGGGAAGGGUUUAGUAGAGAACCGGAAAACCUCACCUCGCCGGCGGCGAAUUCGUUGGCGGCGGCGGGAGGGGAAGCCACCUUCCUCUCUCUGGUCUCCGCGCCCCUUCAUCGGAGACCUUCACCGCCGGCGGACGGAGACAAAAAGCCAGGCCUCCGUCCAACGAAGUCCUCUCUCCCUCUCGUCGAGAACCACAUCGCCUUCAUCCCCACCUUCCCCGCCAUCUGCUGCUGCGUUUGUGGGCCUUCUUUCCAAGCGGCGACGACAGGGGAGUGGCUCCGCCCUUGCCAGUUCUUCGUCGGACGCUUUGCCGGCCGACAAGUUUUAUUCGGAUCUGGGCCUGCCCCUGGUUGAACCAGAAACCCCAUGACCGCCCCUGGUGGCCAGAGGAAUUGGAGCAGCAGUGGACCUGCCAGUGGGAGGAAGAACAAGGAAAGAGGAAAUGACAGAGCGAAAGGAACCAGGGUUGCAAGUUGGAGCAACAACGAGAAGAGGGAAGAAAACAAAGGGCGCCGAGGAAAUGCAGGAUCAACAAGGCGGUCGAGUGAGGGAGUUCCUCGAGUUGCUGUGAAGAAGAGUGCGUCUGGAUUUGACAGGAGGAAAAGGAAGAUGGACGAUGACUCGUGGGAUGAUGUUGGUGGUGGCAAGAAUGUUUCGUCUUCCAAAUCAAAGUUUACCAGAAAGACUGCUUCCACCAUAAGCCAUCGAAAAAUUGCUCCUGGAAAAUUUGAUAGAUUGAAGUCUCAAAGUUUGUCUGAGGACAGCUCACGUGCAGGGAGGAGUACCAGCAAGGUUUCUGAUAUUAGUAGUCGAUCAGCGCUCAGUAAGAACUCUGGAGCAUCACUAGGGAAGAGGUUUGGUGCAUCAACAGAAUUCAAGCGUACAAAAAAGUGUGCAGCUAAAGAAGUAGCUUUGGAUGAGGAGGUUGCAGAUAGCAAAAAGUCAGAUGACUCGGAUCAUAUUACUGAAGAAGAGAAGCCUCGCCCUCGCCUUACUCGAGUGCUGGACCGGAGUGGGAAGAAAAUAAAGCCUGCUAAGAAAGAUGUAGUUCCUGAUGCUGAGGAUCCUAUUCCUCCUAAGAAGAGAAAGCGGAUGAAGCUAGAUCCUUACGACACUUCGAACAAAAGGAUUGAAGAUUCUCCUCCUAUCCAGGCUGCUUGCAGUGCAGAGAAGGUUCUAGUGAAGUGUGCACCUGAAGAGACCGAAAUGUCUAUAAAUGCAAAAUUCCGUGCUAUACAGCCAACUCCCUCAAUACUUUCAUAUGUGGAAGAUAAUUUACUAGGUCGCAGGCGUCUAAAUGAGAUAAAAAAUGCUGGUUACAACGUCAAGAUUUCUGCUCCUCUGGAUAAUGUUCCCUUCUCAACCAGUACGGAACGUGAGCGCAUAGAAGAAAGUGUGUUCAGAAAUAAGCUGGAAUUCUUUGCUGCUGCCAAGAUCUCUUCAUCAUUCCCUCCUCCUACACUUCCAGAGAUUGCAUUUGCAGGUGUAUCAAAUGUUGGAAAAUCCUCACUCCUAAAUGCACUUACAAGACAGUGGGGUAUUGUGCGAACAUCAGAUAAGCCAGGACUUACUCAGAGUAUAAAUUUCUUUCGCAUUGCAUCAAAGUUAUGCCUUGUUGAUUUACCUGGAUAUGGAUUUGCUUAUGCAAAGGAAGAAGUUAAGGAGUCAUGGCAAGAACUUGUGAAGGAAUACGUUUCUACCAGGGUUGGCCUAGAAAGAGUGUGUCUUCUUGUGCACACUAAGCGUGGAAUGAAGCCAUUGGACUACGAGCUUGUAGAUUUAAUGGAAAGGCACAAGACGCCAUACCAGAUUGUGCUGACCAAGACUGAUUUAGUUUUCCCGAUAGAUGUUGCUCGCCGUGCUAUGGAAAUCCAAGAGAGUCUAAAGAAGAAUAAGUCAGUGGUAAACCCAGUGAUUAUGGUGAGCUCUAAAACAGGAGCCGGCAUACGCAACCUCAGAGGUGUGCUUGGAAAAUUGGCUCGCUUCAUCAAACCGUAGCAAAGCGCUGCAAGUUUUGGACUCUGCAUCAAUGGAGGCUAGCCAAUCGUGGAGAUAAAGCAUUCGUUCUAGGUAGGUUAGGAUUUUCAGCCUAGCUGUAUCACGGGCUCAGAUUCGGAUUUGAGUGAACUGUUUUCCUUGUGAGGGGAUUAUGCCGUGUAGAGAUCAGAUCACAUUCACGAUCUACUUGAUAUGUGCAAUAAUUGAGGUUUCCUCAUUUGGAGAUAUACUGUGCUCACAAAAGCGUAAUGUUGUUUUGUCGUCUCAUGCUGGUUACCGUUGUAGUAAUGUAUUCGCUCCUUGAUGUGGAGUACAUUUUCGGUGAUGAUUUAUGAGCCACUGAUGUUUAUGUUCUUUGAAGAAAAGAUA